UGUUGAUAUAUUCAUAUGUUCGUCAAAAUUGGUGUUUACAUUCGACUUCUUCUAUCCGACGACGUGCAGAGGUCUUCACGAAGUCGGCGAAAGAGCGCGACCAUGCCGUUCAAAAAGUUCGCCCAGAUUGGGCGUGUGAUCUACAUCAAUGAAGGGCAGUACAAGGGCAAGCUUGCUGUCAUUGUUGACAUCAUUGACACCAACAGGGCCCUCAUUGACGGACCUUGCCAUGGAGUCCCACGGCAGCAGUUCAAGUUCUGCGAGAUGAGACUGACAACCUAUGUGUUGAAAAUUUGUCGUGGUAUGAGGACAAAGUUGAUCAGGGCAGCCUGGGAAGAAGCCAAGAUCAGUGAGAAAUUUGAAGCCUCUACCUGGAAUAAGAACAUCAACAAAGGACUGCUCCGUUCCAGUAUGACAGACUUCGAUAGGUUCAAGCUUGGCCGUGCAAAGCAAGCUAGGAACAAGAUUGUCAAGUCUGCAUAUCUGCGUUUGAAGAGGAACAUCCUGAUUGCCAAGCGACCAACAGUAAAGGCAGCCAGGAAGCUCCGGGGACAGAAAUUGGCAAAGAAGAAGGAACUUAAGGAGAAGAAGCCCAAGACAUGGAAACCCAGGAAAACCAGAGGUCCCAGGGCAGCCAGAAACAAGGCCAAGCCUGCAAAGACAGUCAAGGCUGCAAAGUAGAUUUUGACUGAAUAAAGAAAGAAAAGGU